CGAGUUGUUUCCAUAUUUAUAUCAGCCAUCUCAGUCGCUACUGCCGCCACAAAUCGAUCGCUCCUUCUGUUUGAAUUUGUAGGAUUAUUUGUAUAGUUAGUAUAGGGACGGAGGAUAAGAUGGACCGCGAUCGUGGUCGUGAUAGAAGGUUUGUCCUUCCUACAUCUCAUUGUUUGCCCCCUUCUUCAGUGUUUCGGCAUGGACAUGAUCCUCAACUACGACGACGACUACGACGGCUACGACGACCAAGAAGUUGAAGGCGGUGAAGAUGGUGAAGUCUUCGAAGUUGCCAGAGUCCAGCGAUCAGUCAAGGAAUUCAAAACUCGCAGUUUCUCGGAGCACAUUGCGAACGAGAUGGGAUUGAAGGCUGAAAGAGGCGCAUUAAAGAGACACCAUGGAAGCUCUGCCACACCGCCUUCGCGAAUCUGUAUCAUUGGAAAGCCGCAGUUGCCUGCUAUAUCUACAUCAGGCGACGAUACGGCUGUAGAUCACGAUAAAGGAUGUGGUGUUGGUGAACGUGGAACCACUCAGACCUCAUUUUCGCAAGCUGGCACACAGAUCCCACAACCCGGCCUCGCCAACCAGACCCAACCCGAAAAUACCACGAUAAACUCAGUCUCCCAGCUUUCUCAGACCAUACCCGAAACCAAUACCGUGCCAGACAAAGGAGAGAUGAUGCCAUGCCUCCCAGCGAAACCAAGCUUCCCCAAUAUACCAGCUCCUCCAACGAUGCCAAAUCUUCCGAGCCACCCAGCAGCCCGAGUGGGCAGCGACCUGAUAGUCAUCCUGCCACCCCGUCGACAGCAAGCGCUGAGCCGACGCCAAGCCCUAGGAGUGCCUACCAGAGUGUCUAUCGACCGCUACCGCCCAGCACAAUCACUAACAGGCCUCCGCAGAUACGCCCCUCGUGGCGAUGGCGAGGUAACGAAGAUGGGCGCUGGGGAGUCGUACCGCCCUUCUGUGCGUCCGCGCUCCCCGCGAUCCAACACCUCGCGAUUCGAUAGAGACCGGGAUCGCUCGCCGCGGCGCGAGAGGCCGAGGAGCCCACAAGCAUCGGAUGCGUAUAUUCCCGGUGGCAGAGAUAGGUCACCGCUGAGACGGCGGUCGAGGUCACCGGGUGCGUAUCGCUCGAGGGAUAGAACACCCCCACGAGAUGUGCAGAAUUGGAGAGAUAGAGAGAGGGCGAGAAGUCCGCAGCGUCCGAGGGGCCCAGUGCGACCGAGGAGUCCGCAGCGGAUGAGGAGCCCAGUGAGGCCAAGGAGUCCACUUAGGGCCAUGAGUCCUGCCAGAGCAAGGAGUCCUAUGCGGCCGCGAAGUCCUGGGAGACCUAGAAGUCCAGUGAGACGAUUUUCGCCAAGACGAGGUGAUGAUAGACGCCCCAGGUCACUGCCAAGGAGGUCAGAUUUAGACGAAAGGGAUAUUAGACGCAGGUCGCGGUCUCCAUUUGACAACCGUGGCCCAUUACGAGCUCGAUCACCUAUCUCAAGAAGAUCUCCACCAGCAGGACCAAGGGGAGGUGGAUGGCGACCAAGGUCUCGUAGCCCACCGCGCCGUGACGACCGCGUCGCAGUUGGCCAGAUGUCGCUCACUUGGAGACGACCGCGAUCGCCAUCACCUUCGGGAGAUAGAUCUUCAAGGAGAAACUCUGAACACAGCACACGGCGCCCAUCACCAAGACCUAGCUACCGCCCAGCGCCACCUGUGGAUGACCUUCAGAGUAUGCGUUCACCCUUUCCACGAGACAGGUCUCCGCGCCGGGACUCCACGCGAUCUACGCCACGGGAACGAUCGCCAGCACGCGCAGCGUCUCCGAUGGUGAGAUCCUCAGCGGUACAGGGUAGAUCACCAGUUCGACUUGCACAACCCUUCAGAGCGCCUACUGGCCCAAGCGCCAACCGCAACUUCAGCGCUCCAAUUCGGUCGCCGUCUGCAUCUGGCCAAUCUACACCGCUGUCGAUGCCUGCGCCUAGUCGCCCCGAGGGUACGGCAGCGGUGGCACCACCAUCGGGACCUCGCAACUUCAAUCCCUCUCCUGCGCGUGGAGGGUUUCUCCCAAGAGGCGGCAGAGGCUCCUUCAGUGACCGCCGCCCAGAGCCAGGAUGGGGAGGUGUACACAACAACAGGCCACCCCCUGUGCAAUCCCCGACAUUGCCCGCCACAACACCAUCUGCGACCCCAGCCAUUCCUACCGGCCCAAGAGUAAGCUCCUCAGGUAGCGAUUGGAAGACGACUGCACCUCCAUCCCGGUCCUCUUCCAUCUCCUCGGGCCCCUUCCACGGCCACAACACCAAGAUCUUCACACCUUCUCUUCCACGCGUCCACCCCGCCAUCGCGAACCUUCCUCCCAUAAUCCCUGGUGGAAAGAUUGACCCGACUUACUCGCCCGUACCGAAGGAGCUUGAGGCGCGCAUCCGCAAGACCGAUGAGGAUCUCGAGCGCAUGGGUGAAGAUUUGAAUGCGAAGGAGGAGAAGUUGCGGAAGGGUCUGGCACAAUGGGAUCGUCUGGCGAGGGAGUCUGCGAGUAUGGGUCUCAAGGCGGAACUGAGCGAGAGGCAUGUUCGGAUGUUGGCUGGGGAGGGGGUUGGCGGGGCAGCAUUUUAGGGGAGGUUACUGGUGUGGAUUGUGCCUGGCCCAUGAUAUUACCGGGACUCAGAUUGGGGGUAUGGAUGUAAUUCUAGGUGAUUUGAGCGGGACAUGGCGUUUAGUUUACUAUGUGGACUGUCAUGGCCUGGGAAGUUUACACUUUGCUGAUUGGGCUUGGGGAGUAACGGAAGGGAGGCAGGUUGCAGUAUAAUAAUGGACUCUAGAAGCGCAAAAUACACUUGAUGACGACAAA